AUGGGGAAAACCCCCGUCAUUGGCUUGCUCGGCGGAGGCCAGCUCGGCCGCAUGCUCUGCGAAGCUGGCGGUCCUUUGGGAUACGAAAUUGCAGUUCUUGAUGAGGAGGGGUGUCCGGCCAAGCAGAUCAAUGCUAAUGAAAGGCACGUAUCCGGCUCCUUCACAGAUGCAGCCAAGGUGAGAGAGCUGGCUGCCCGCUGCGAUGUCCUUACCGUCGAGAUUGAGCAUGUCAAUACCGAGGUGCUCGAGGAGAUUGCAACAAAGGGUGUCCGAACCGCCUCUGGCGAGUUGCGAAAGGUGCCCGUUCACCCUUCAUGGCGCACCCUUCGACUGGUACAGGAUAAGCUGGAGCAGAAGGAGCAUUUCAAGGCUAGAGACGUUCGCAUUGCUGAGCAGAUGGCCUUGAGCGGGGGCGAACGCCUCGUUGAUUCGCUUACGGAAGCUUCCGAGAAGCUCGGCUUUCCCUUCAUGGUCAAGGCAAGAAAGGGUUCCUACGACGGCCGGGGCAACUUCAAAGUGAGAGGCCCGGAAGACUUUGGACCAGCCGUUGAAGCCCUGGGCAAGUUGCCGCUGUACGCCGAGAAAUGGGUUCCCUUUGUCAUGGAGCUGGCCGUCAUGGUGAUUCGGACAGAGGAUGACGAAGGCAACUGUACCGGAAUCUACUCAUACCCGACGGUAGAGACUACCCAUGUCGAUGAUGUUUGCAAGAUGGUUUUCAUGCCCCCUCGCAAUGUGGACGCCUCUGUCUGUGCCAAGGCACAGAAGUUGGCGGAGGAAGCCAUCAAGUCGCUGUGGGGACGAGGUGUCUUUGCCGUCGAAAUGUUUCUUCUGCAGGACGGAACCGUUGCAGUCAACGAGGUCGCUCCCCGGCCGCAUAACUCGGGCCACUACACCAUUGAAGCGGUGCCGUACAUGUCGCAGUACAAGGCCCAGCUCCGUGCCGUCCUAGACACUAUCCCCAACACCAUGAAGCUUACACCAAGAGCAUCUCAGUCAAUCAUGCUCAACAUUCUGGGCGGCGCCGCGGCUGACUCUCACGCAAAGCUAGUGAAGCUUACGGAGACGGAGUAUAUGGAGAACACGGAUACAUACCUGCACCUGUACGGCAAGGCCUCCAAGCCUGGUCGCAAGAUUGGUCACAUUACCUUUACCACACCCUCCUCCAAUGUCGAUCUGGAGAAGACGAUCGCCCCCUUCGUCGACGAGGUCGACGCCAUACGGCAGCGUCGCCUCGCCGUAUCAUCGGAGCAGAUGCGGCCAGUCGCUCGCUAA